AUUAGGGGUGAAAACAAGUGAUAAUUAUUUGAUGAAUUUGAAAUUGAAAUGUAAAUCCAUUUGUCAUUCAAUUGAACCCAAAAUUAACGCCAAUUUAUGCCAUGAAUUAAGUGCUAAGACUCGGCAUAUGCUUAACGAUCGGUCCAUACAUUGAGACAAUAAUCUGCGGACAACUCGUGGGACACACAGACUCUGCGAUACAAGCGAUCCAUUGGUGACUCACACGAAGCCAUCGCCUCCGAGAAGAUAAUCGACGCCGACAUCAGUGGCCAUGGAAUCAGUUCGCGAGUCGUCGGACCAGUUGGUGAAGAGUGUCGAGUGCUAUAACAGUCGACCGCUUGUCCUUCACGGCUAUAUCGGACCAUUUGUGUCCAUUUAUGUGAUACUGAUCUACAAUUGGCUCAACUAUUACUCGCAGACCGAUUCCCAAGAGAUUUGGUUCAUAGCUGUGGCCGUUGUGGUCAUCCUUCAGAUCCUGUGCUAUCUGUUCAGCCAUUGGUCCGUUCACUGCAAGAGUUUCCUCGCGUUCACCAAAGCUUCGAGUCCGUUGUCGGCGCUGUUCGUCAAAGUGGUUCCGAUGCCUAACAACGGGUCCCCGGAAUUGGUUCGUCUCUAUCGCACCAAAUGUGAAGACAACUCGAAGGCCGAAGAGAUGGUGUGGUUCUCCUUCCAGAAGACUAAAUACGUGUACGACUUCUCCAGCAAUAAGUUUACGGUUCUCUCGUUUCCCAUAAAUCUGUCGAUCAAUGAGUACAAGAACUGGAAGGGAUAUGCGGACGACGAGUCUGUGGCGGCCAUUGAGCGCCGGUUCGGUGGCAACAGUCUGGAGAUGGAGGUCCCGGAGUUCGUGGAGCUGUUCCGCGAGAGAGCGACCGCACCGUUCUUUGUGUUCCAACUGUUUUGCGUGGGUUUGUGGUGUUUGGAUGAGUUCUGGUACUACAGUGUCUUCACGCUCGUGAUGCUCGUGGCCUUCGAGUGUGUGUUAGUCCAGCAACAGCUCAGGAAUCUGUCGGAAAUCCGCAAAAUGGGAAACAAACCGUACGCUCUUCAAGUGUACCGCAACCGCAAGUGGCGCUCCAUUCAGACCAACCUUUUGGUGGCCGGAGAUAUCGUGUCGAUCGGGCGCUCGCAGGACGAGAGCUUAGUUCCCUGCGAUCUGCUGCUGUUGAGGGGCUCCUGUAUUGUCGACGAGUCGAUGCUUACGGGAGAGUCUGUGCCGCAGAUGAAGGAACCCAUCGAAGCCAUCCAAGAGGACCGACAGUUCGACAUCGACUCCGACGGUAGGCUUCAUAUGCUUUACGGCGGGACUAAAGUCUUGCAACACUCGGCGCCCGCGAAGACCGCCACUGGACUCAGAGCCGGAGACAACGGAUGCGUGUGUUAUGUCUUGAGGACCAGUUUCAACACAUCUCAGGGGAAACUCUUGCGGACUAUACUCUACGGCGUGAAGAGAGUGACGGCUAAUAAUUUGGAGACUUUUGGGUUCAUUCUGUUUCUGUUGGUCUUCGCCAUCGCAGCCGCCAGUUAUGUGUGGAUCAAAGGCACGGAAGACCCCAAACGGAACCGCUAUAAACUGUUCCUCGAGUGCACUCUUAUCCUCACGUCUGUCGUACCGCCGGAACUGCCCAUUGAGUUGUCGUUAGCGGUCAACACAUCACUCCUUUCUCUCUCCAAAUUAUACAUCUACUGCACGGAACCGUUUCGCAUACCAUUUGGUGGUAAAGUCGAGAUCUGCUGUUUCGACAAAACCGGAACCCUUACGAGCAAUAACUUAGUGGUCGAAGGGAUCGCUGGACUCCAAGACCGGGACAAGAUGUGUGCCAUAAGUGAGGCGCCGUUAGAUACGGUCCAAGUGUUGGCCACUUGUCAUGCAUUGGUUCAGUUAGAGGACGGACUCGUCGGCGACCCCUUAGAGAAGGCGACUCUCAGUGCCAUUGAGUGGACACUCACUAAAGGAGACGCAGUGAUCCCAAAGAAGGGUAAAUCUCCGGGUCUUAAGAUCUUCUAUCGGUUCCACUUCUCGAGUGCACUCAAGAGGAUGUCAGUCAUCGCCGGUUAUUCUCCGCCGGGAACUACUGACACGACUUACUUCUCUGCAGUCAAAGGCGCUCCAGAAGUCCUGAAACCUAUGUUCUCAACGGUUCCGACCACUUAUGACGAGACAUACAUCGAAAUGUCUCGAAAGGGCGCCCGAGUUCUGGCUUUGGGCCGAAGAACUAUCGGGAAUCUCACUCAUCAACAGGUUAGAGAUUUGAGUCGAAGUGAUAUCGAGAAGAACUUGGAGUUCGUGGGAUUCGUUGUCAUCUCGUGUCCACUGAAACCCGACUCCAAAGCCGUUAUGAAAGAGAUUAUCAAUUCUUUACAUCACGUGGUGAUGAUCACAGGCGACGCACCGCUGACCGCCUGUCACGUGGCGAAGGAAUUACACUUCAUAUCGAAGAAGAAAGAGACUCUCAUUUUGACUGCAAAUGACUCGCAAAACGAGUUUCAGUGGAUUUCUAUUAACGAGAAGAUAAGACUCGAAUGUAUUCCCAAAGACAUGAAACAGUUCUUCAGUUUAUACGAGUUGUGCAUAACUGGAGACGCUUUGAAUUAUCUGAUCGACAAUGAGUUGAAGUUUUACCGCAAAGUCUUGCCUCACAUUCGGGUCUUCGCUCGCGUGGCCCCCAAACAGAAGGAAACAAUUAUCACUUCAUUAAGAGCUUUGGGUUUCACGACAUUAAUGACAGGCGACGGCACCAAUGAUGUCGGCGCUCUAAAGCACGCACACGUCGGCGUCGCACUGCUGGCCAACGCACCCCUCCAGGCGUCAGACCUGCCGAAGCCUAAGAAGCCGUCGGCGGACACGUCUGUGGCGGCCAACCAUGAGAUGAGUUCCAAUAUUCCUCGCAAUCGGAUGCGCGGCCGAAGCGACCGGAGUUCCGGUGCGGCGAACGGCCCGCAGAAUAGCCGUCCGAAUCGGGCGACAGAAACGCAGCAACAGUUGCAACGAAUGCUGGAAGAGAUGGACGAACAGGAGAAGGCGUCGGUCGUCAAACUCGGCGACGCAUCCAUUGCCGCGCCCUUCACGUCGAAGCUAUCGUCCAUUCAAUGCGUAUGUCAUAUCAUCAAACAGGGCAGAUGUACACUCGUCACGACACUCCAGAUGUUUAAGAUCCUGGCGCUCAACGCACUGAUCCUCGCCUACAGUCAGUCUGUGCUCUAUUUGGAUGGCAUUAAGUUCAGCGACGGACAGGCGACUCUUCAGGGCCUUCUCCUCGCCGGAUGUUUCCUCUUUAUAUCGCGUUCGAGGCCGUUGACAACGCUGUCGUCGCGCAGACCUCUGCCCAACAUUUUCAACGUCUAUACGAUUCUCACGGUUUUACUCCAAUUUGCGGUCCAUUUCUGUUCGCUUCUGUAUUUGGUUCGCGAGGCGAAGAGCCGGGCGCCGGACCCGAAGGAGGAGUUCCCCGACUUGGAGGCCGAGUUCAAGGCCUCGACCCUCAACUCAACCGUUUAUAUCAUUUCCGUUUCACUUCAAGUCUCCACUUUUGCCGUCAAUUAUAAGGGCCACCCGUUUAUGGAGAGUUUGGCUGAGAAUAAGCCCCUCCUCUGGAGUAUUAUCGGCUCCUUCUGUGCGGUCAUCGCUCUUGUGACGGGACUUCUGCCCGAUUUGUGCCAUCAGUUCGCUAUCGUUAGCUUCGAUGCAGAUUUCCAGAAAGUGAUGCUAACAGUGCUGGCAAUGGAUCUGUUGUGCGCUCUGGCGGUGGACAGAGUGCUGGAGUUCCUCUUCGGAAGGGCUAAACUCAAGUCUCUAUAACCCGCGGAUUAGCCCUUAAUUUAGUC